AUCAAAAAUUCGGCAAUCGAUAAACCGGAACCUUCAGUUUUCCGGCAUGGAUUUCGGAGCGCAUUUACAAAUUUCUUGCCUUGGCGCACCAUUGUUUUCUGGACGCGCCGUUUAUGUUCUGAUAGCGCUGUACUCCAGAAUCAGCUGUUGGGUCUUGCUUGCACCUGCUAACAAGCAUUCAUGCUCAUUCCUUCUGAUUUUAUCAUUUAAUUGCUGCUGUAUAGCCCCAUCGUGGAUUCAGCAAAGAAAAGCGGUGGCGUAAAACGUAAACAUCGUGCGUUGUCGAUCGCAGAGAAAGUGGAAGUGCUUAAAAAACUUGAUAGCGGCGUGUCUGUGCGAACCAUUUGUGAAACAUACAGCAUCGGCUCUUCAACAGUGUAUGAUAUUAAAAAACAGAAAGAAAAACUGUUAAAGUUCUUUUCUGACGUGGAUCAAAAAGGAAAAUGUUUGUAAGGAAGUCAAUGUCGGAGGGAAAAAGUGAGGAACUAGACCAAGUUCUCAUAACCUGUUUUAAACUUCGUGUAAGUGAAGGUGUGGAAAUUUCUGGUGAUUUAUUAUAGGAACAAGCCAAAGUGUUUCAUGAAGAGCUGGGAUUGCAACACAAGUGUGACUAUACAGAAGGUUGGCUGCAACGUUUCAAGUCGCGACGUGGCUUACAUUUUCGUGCAGUAUGUGGUGAAAAACGUUCAGCAGACAAGGAUGCAGCUAGUGCCUAUGUGGAUGAAUUUGCAAAGUUAGUUAGUGAUGAACAUUUAAGUCCUGAACAAGUGUACAAUGCUGACGAGACUGCCUUAUUUUGGAGAUGUACGCCAAAAAGAACUCUGACAACUGAGGAUGCAGAAUCGCCAACGGGGUUUAAAGCUUCGAAUGAUCGCGUCACGGUAAUGUGCUGCUCUAAUGCUGCGGGUACCCAUAGAUGUAAGUUGCUUGUUAUCGGAAAAAGUUUACAUCCGAGGGUCUUUAAGGGUAUGACACGGUUUCCUGUCCAUUACCGUGCCAACAAGAAGGGGUGGGUUACCACUGAUAUUACAUUGGAUUGGUUUCAUAAAUGUUUUGUUCCUGAGGCCAGGGCUCACUGUAACUCAGUUGGACUAGACCCUAAAUGCAUGAUACUUCUUAUUUUAGACAAUUGUUCGGCACAUCCAAAAGCCGAUCUUCUAGUGAAAGAUAAUGUUUUUGUUGCCUACCUCCCACCCAACUGCACAUCACUAAUUCAACCACAGGACAAUGGUAUCAUACUUUCUAUGAAGUGUAAGUAUCGAUCCCUGUUAAUGAGGCGCCUAGUGAGUUCAGUUAAUUCAGGUACCCCAGCACAGAAAUUCAUAAAAGAGUUCAACAUUAAGGAUGCAGUGUACUGUGUUGCUAAUGCUUGGACGUCUAUUAAAACAUCAACACUGAAAAAUGGAUGGCAUAAAUUGUGGCCAAGUUUAAUGUUUACUUCUCAUUCUAACGAAGACACAGAAAAUGAUUUUGCAGGGUUUAGGGUUUCCAAAGAAAAGCACCUUAUACAUGAACUUCUUGCUUAUGUUAAAGAUGUAACUAAUCCUGAUGCCAAGGAGCUUUCAUCAAGGAUAAAUGAAGAUGUUUUAACAGAAUGGUUGGAUGUUGAUGAUAAUGUGCCUACGGUUCAUCAUUACACUGAUUCUGAAAUUGUAGAUAUGGUUAAAAGUCCGGAGAGAAAUGCCUGUACAGGUAGUGAUGAAGAUGAAAGCAGUGAAGAAAAUGAGGAAGAUGUGAGAGACAGAAUCUCUAUUGACACGUUAAUUGCGUUGACAACUGAACUGCUGGCUGGACUAGAGCAACGAAGUUUUGUAAGUGAACAAGAAAUCAUGAAUGUUUUCUUGCUCCAAGAUAAACUUAUUAGAGAAAGACCCAAGUAUAUGAAACAACAGACAUUGCCCGAUAUAUUCAAGAAAAUAGCUAGGAAGCAGGAAGAAGCAACAGCGGUGUCCACACUUGAUAAUCUACUGCCAUCAACUUCAAGACAAGUUGAAGCUGUUCCUGUUGCUGAGGAUGUUGUCACUGUCAGUGAUAAAGAUGAUAAUCCUGACAGCCCAUCUGCUGUUUAGCCUGAUAAACAUUAAAAUUUCAUUUGAUUUUCAUUUAGUGUUUAAUUUUCUAUUUUUUUAAAGGACUGUACAGGUAGUAAUUUUCUGUUAAAUAUACUGUAUACA